CUCCGAGACGACAACACCGUCUAAUGAAUUAAUGAUUAUACGACACACCAUCUGAUGCAUUAAUAAUUGUACGAAAACACCAUCUGAUGCAUCAAUGAUGGUACGACAACACCAUCUAAUGCAUUAAUGAUCAUUCGACGACACGAUCAAGAAUUCCUCUUCCCUUAUUAACAACUUCAACAAAACUCAUCAGCCAAGCGUGGAGGAGGUUUCGAUCAUCAAACGGCCCUCUUACGCGAGCGAGACGACAAUUCCAGACGGUUAAAGAAUAACAACAACAACAACCACCACCACCAUCACCAUGGCCAACAACAUCUCGAGAAAAGAGCUCCUGGGCAAGGUCUACAAGAUGGUCCCGCCUAUGCUGGAGAAAUUCCACAAAGGUCAACUCGGCCGCGUGGCAGUCAUGGGGGGGAGUGAAGACUACACUGGAGCGCCAUACUUUUCCGCAAUGGCAUCAGCCAAACUGGGAGCAGACAUGUCGCACGUCAUCUGCGAGCCCACCGCGGCCAACGUCAUAAAAACCUACUCCCCAAACCUCAUGGUGCACCCCUACAUGCGACAGGAGAAGAACCUCGGCGCGGACGAAUCCCCCGAGGGCAUCGCGGACAAGAUCAUCGCCAUGCUCGACCGCCUCCACGUGCUCGUCAUCGGGCCGGGGCUCGGGCGCGACGCCCUGAUGCAGGAGACGUGCGCGCGGGUCCUCGUCGCCGCGCGGGAGCGCAACCUCGCCGUCGUGCUCGACGCCGACGGCCUCUACCUCGUGCAGACGCGGCCGGAGCUCAUCCACGGCUACAAGGAGUGCAUCCUGACGCCCAACGUGGUGGAAUUCCAACGCCUGGCCAAGUCCCAGAAUCUGAACCUCGAACAUCCUCCUCCUCCUUCCGCCGGCAAGGACUCCCCGUCAGGAGGGAAAGGAGGAGGAGGAGGAGGACCAGAGGAAGGGCAGGAGGCCUGCGCCCGCCUGGCCCGCUCCUUCGGCGGCGUGACCAUCAUCCAGAAGGGCCACGAGGACAUCAUCUCGGACGGCGCCACGACCCUGGUGUCCUCGGGCCCGGGCGGCCUCAAGCGGUCGGGCGGCCAGGGCGACACGCUGACCGGCUGCGUGGCGACCUUCCUCGCGUGGCGCAGGGCCUACCUCGAGGGCCUGUGGCCCCACGGCGGCGGCCUCGACGCCGCGGAACUCCUGGCCCUAGCGGCGUUCGGCGGGUCCGCGAUCACGAGGGAGUGUUCGCGCCUGGCGUUCGCGGAGAAAGGCAGGAGCCUGCAGGCGGGCGAUCUGACCGGCUUUGUACAUGAGGCUUUCUUGGGUCUGCUGGGGGAGAAGGUGGGAGGGGAGUGAGCUGAUGCUGUAGGCUGUUGCUGCUGCUGCUGGUGCGAUGGACAUGGAAUGGUCGUGUAUGAUUGGUUGUUAUGGGAGGGUCUGGCUUUCGUGCUACACGUGUGUGCGUAUGAUCGUGUGCUUCGUGCGCCACGGUGAGAGUGACGGUGACUGUGGAACUUUGAUAUCUCCUCUGGGCCGAUUUUUUGGAAUCGUCUUCUCACGUUCAUUUGAUUUGAUCAGAUUUGAUUUCGAGGAACACGUGGUUUGUUGUUUCUCUUUCUAUAACUCUAUGUUUUCGGGGGGGGGGGGGGUUU